GCUAUGUAUGAUAGGGGUAUUAUUCUGUAGGUCAUGCUUGGUUUUAGGUGAGCGGGUAGGGAAAGAGGGGUGGUUGGGGGGAGGGCGGGUAGGUGUAGCCUUUGAUAGAUUGCGGGUACGAGUGGUCAUGUGCACGGGCUAUGUAUGAUAGGGGUAUUACUCUUUAGGUCAUGCUCGGUCAGCAAACCUGUUGGUUCGCUGAGUAAUGGGUGCCAUUGGUGCAUCAUGGACACCGGUGGAGGUGAUGGGCAGCAAGGAUGCAGUAGAUCGGACGCCAUUAUGGGUGUGGGUUGCGGACAUAGAGUCCUCGUCUGCCAGUUCGUUGAUCAAACUGCUGAGCGCCAAAGCCCCGCUUCGAAACCUCCAUCAUGUCAAGCGGAUUAAGCGGUCCUUAUCGCCUGCAGGCGGGCGUAAGCUUUCCAUCAUCGUCUGCGUUGUUGACGGCGAGGAUGGUGACGAUCCGACAGAGGGGAGCGAGGAUGGGGAUGAUGCUUCGCUGGUGGAGGGGCCUCCACGUGAGCGGCCAAACAUCCUCAACGACGACGUAGGAGUGAUAGUGAGGCAGCACAGCUUGAAGUUAUACAAGGUGCAGGUGCCACGCUCGCCUGCCCUGAGUCGAGAAGAAUGGGUUGAUCAGAACAAGCUGUGGCCUUGCAGUUACCAUCCGGUUGCGGGCAACGCGAGAUCGACUCCGACAGAAUUCAACGAGAAAGAGCUUCAGCUGAUCAGAGGAUUCAUGCAAGCUGCCGUGCAGCAGGCACGCAUUGCGCUCGCCCAGGGUCACCAGGGAAAUGGCGCAGUCAUCGUUGACGGAUUCUGUGGUAAAGUCGUCGCCUCUGGGUAUGACCAGACGGGGAGGUGGUUCCAAGACCGUACAACACGCAGCGACAGUAACGCCGAUCGAGAAGCCCGCGAAACAGGAAGAGGAAGAGAAGCCGCGCACCCAACAAAAAGGAGAGAUGGCGAUCAUGAGGAGCGCGAAGAAGGUUGGUCUUCUCCUGUGCCGCAAAGCGCAGAGCAAAAACUGGCCUCAGAAUCGGCUUCUGAAUCUAGCUGUGUGGCCACGCUAGACUCUCAGACGAUUGAGCGAGAGCCAUGGUCCCUCGCAUCAGAGAGAGACGAGGUCGUGGCUCAGGGCGGGCAUCGACUAGGGCUUGAGGAAUGCGUGCGGACAACUAAUGGCUGCGGACUUUACCCGCAAGCAGCUUGUUCUGGAUUGGAACCUACUGCAUUUGGCGAUCCUCAAGCAAAGGCCGGCGACAAUGGUGGUGAAGUACUUUGCCCUUGUGGUAUUGGAGUCGAAGUCGCGGUGCAGAUCGCGAGGAGUUCAGCGAGGCCAGCACAGCCAUACGCGGGGAAGGAAACAGAAAUAGCAGAAAGGGAUGUGAAGGAAGAUGCCAGAUGCAUGGCCUACGAAGGGUCCUUGAGUCGGGAAGAAGGGAUCGUGCAGGGUGGUGAGAAAGGCAGCUGCAUCUCCUUGAAGGGAUGCAGCAACAGCAACAGCAACAGGGACAGCGUGGCUGAACUGAUGUUUCUCCCACAUCCUUUGAAGCAUGCGGUCAUGGUGGCAAUAGACCGGGCCGCGCGGAGAGAUUUGUUGAUGUUUCCGCCAUGGAAGGAGGGAAGGGGAGUAGAUUGUCCGACGGAGGACAGGUGGGUGGAUUGUGAGGAGGAGGGAAGGGAAGCAUUGAGCAUCAGGGAACCGACAUGUGAAAGGGUAAAACGUCCUCGGCUUGAGCCAGAUCAGUCUGACCACAUUGACAGCAGUCGGAGGAGGGAAGACGACGACCCCUCCAGCCAUCCGCCAGAGGGAGGGCUAUUGCCACCCCGCCCUUAUUUAUGUACCAGCUUUGACGUUUUUGUCGUUCGGGAACCAUGUGCAAUGUGUGCCAUGGCGCUCAUCCAUCAAAGAGUAAGUCGAGUAUUUUACGCCAUAGCCAGCGGCGAUGCAGGAGCACUGGGAAGCCGCUACCAGGUACACGCUCAAAAAGGACUGAACCAUCGCUAUCGAGCUUUCCAUUUAGGACUCACAGAAGCAGAUCUCCAGCUCAAAUAAUUUCCUGCCCGGCCCUCCCGCGUUGCCGCAAGAGUUAUAUGGUUGGAAAACUGUUAACCCAAAACCAGGCCAGUUGUUUGCCCCAGGGCAAGUUCCUGUCGUGUUGUUUGCCCCAGGUAAGCUGUAUACCAAACAUUACGGUUGUUUCUCCCCAAGGGAGGGGGACUUCGGUCAUUAUUUGUUCUUCUUUUCGCCUUCUUCUUUUUUGGGGGGACAUAGUGAAAGGAAGGCUGGUCUGGACAGGUUUCUUCUUCUUGUUUUUUUUUUUUUUUUUUUUUUUUUUUUCCUAACAGCGCUGAUUUUUUUAGCUCGCUUAAUUAAACUUCUCUAUUUUUUUGUUUUUUCUUUUGGGGGGGGGUGGAGAUAAUAAAACUUGCAUGGUGUU